GGUAUAUGCAAAAGAUUCGAGCUCUCGAGCUCUAUCGUCAGCUGCUCCGCUACUCUCAACACUUGAAGCAUACGAAUCGCGAGUUUUUCGUCGAAAAAGUUCGCGCGGAAUUUCAAAAAAAUCGAUAUUCCAGUGAAAACGCAUCAGAAUUGCUGAUAAAGUGGGCGCAGACGAUUGUUCAAAAAAAGAAAAUUAUUUAAAAUCUGCCAAAAAGAUGGUCUGCGUAAUCGGAAUCGAAGGAUCGGCCAAUAAAAUUGGGGUGGGAAUAAUCCGUGACGGAGUAGUGCUCUCAAAUCCGCGAGCAACAUUUCAUGCUCCACCGGGUGAAGGAUUUCGUCCAACAGAAACCGCCCAACAUCACCGUCAACAAAUUGUUCGAUUAGUUGGAGAAGCUAUUAAACUGGCAAAUAUUCAGAAUCCAGAGCUUGAAAUUGAUGGAAUUGCAUAUACAAAGGGUCCUGGAAUGGGGGCUCCACUUCAGGUUGGAGCAAUUGUCGCACGAACUCUAUCCCUCACAUGGAAAAAGCCAAUUAUUCCAGUUAAUCACUGUGUUGGACACAUUGAAAUGGGCAGACUUAUCACGGGAGCUGAUAAUCCUGUUGUUUUGUAUGUUAGCGGUGGAAAUACUCAGGUAAUCUCAUAUACGAAGAAAAGAUACCGAAUCUUUGGUGAAACAAUCGAUAUUGCCGUCGGAAACUGUUUGGAUCGAUUUGCCCGUGUUCUCAAGCUCCCGAAUGCACCAUCUCCGGGAUAUAACAUUGAGCAGCUUGCGAAAAACGGAAAAAAGCUUAUGGAACUACCGUAUUCUGUGAAAGGAAUGGAUGUUUCACUCUCAGGAAUUCUGUCACUUAUCGAGAAAAAAGCGCCAAAACUCAUCGAAUCUGGGGAUUUUACACCGGAAGACUUGUGUUUCUCACUUCAAGAGACCGUUUUUGCAAUGCUUAUUGAGAUUACCGAAAGAGCAAUGGCUCAUACGUCGAGCAAGGAGUUGCUCAUUGUUGGCGGGGUUGGAUGUAAUCUGAGAUUGCAGGAAAUGGCAUCAGCAAUGUGUGCGGAAAGAGGUGCUCACUUAUUUGCAACUGAUGAACGAUUCUGUAUUGAUAACGGUGCAAUGAUUGCAAGAGCCGGCGAGCUCAUGUUGGCCUCCGGAAUGCGUUUCGACCUUCGUAAAACCACAACCACCCAGCGAUAUAGAACGGAUCAGGUUCACGUUGAAUGGAGAGAUUAAUCGGUGCCUACCUACCUGCCUGCCUACAGGCGUAGGCAGGCAUUUCUUCUGCUUCACGUUGUUUUUUUUUUCGUUAAUUUUAUUGAUUUUUCUCCACUUUUCUUGUUGUUGUUGUUGUGCCGCGUGGCUGUUCUCAUUUCUUUAAAAUUUUACGUUUUU